GGUAGCACCAUAAGCUUUUGAGCCAGUUGGAUGGACUCAGCUGAAGAAGAACAGAUCUCCUCCUAGCAGAAAUAAUGGAUUUGUGCAGAUUCCUUGAUGACGACGAUGAUCUCCUGAAGGGGUUGGUCCCUUUCCGGUGGGAAGAUUCAGACCUGUCCCCCAACAGCCUGGAGCUUAGCCAGGAGGAUUCGCAAGAGGACAUCCCGGGGGACAACGGCGGGCCUCUCCUGCGAUGUCUCAAGAGGAUCUACCGAAAAACCAAGAAGGAGAAAACAAGACGGCGGAAAAAUCUGAACUCUGGGUUAGUCCCUGACCUCUCAGCCAUGGCUACGAUUUGGGAAGAAAAUGAUGGCCCUCAGUCUGCUCAGGAACCGGAGCUCUUCCUGUCCUCCUGGAGAAGCAGCAUGGAGUAUUUCAACAGCAAAAAAGAGGAUGACGUGAUGAAGAAAAGUUUCUUUAAAUUCUUAUCCGUCCUCAGCAAGACAAUCAACUGGAUGCACAUGACCGAAUUCUUUCUCGACAAUUUUACCUCAGAUGUCGUGGGAGCCAUCACUGAGAUGGUGAAACAAGAACUUCCAGAGCCCAACAUUAUCUGUCUUCAAGCGAUGAACACCAUCACUGACUUCAGCAAGAAGCACAUCAUGAAAACUAUGGGGUCCUACAAGAAGGGUCUUCUACUCCGGACUUUCUUCAAGAGUGUCUUCUCGUUGUCACCUGUGAAGGCAGGACAGGAAGAAGAAGGCGUGGACUCUUCUAAUGUUCAGUACACAAAGAAUCUCUUCAUUGGAACCUACCAAGCCUUCAGUGAAAUGCUCCAGCAAUUAAUGGUGGAAAAUCCAAUUCCUUCGGAGCUGGAAAGGAUCUUGCAGCUCAUGGUUCCUUGGCUGCAGUCCCCGGAGGCUGACCUGCGCGAGAGAGCCAUCUGGAGCAGCGCCUCGCUCCUCAAUUUUGUCGCCAACAAAUUGCAGCUGGACACCAAGUCCAAGUUCUCCCACCUCGGUCAUCUGGUAGCCAUUCUGGGAAUCUGCUGCGGCGAUCCUAUCAAGUCGAUCUGUUCGAAGGCAGCCAAGAGCGUCCACCUUCUCCUCUCCAUCGUGCUUGGCCAGAAGAGUAAGAGGGUCAAGUGGGAAUCGAAGUCCAGAAAAAUCCCCCGGGGUUACAGGCGCUCCUACAAACCAUCAAAUCCAGCCUCUCAGCUUAGUCCAGAUUAAAUCCCAAACAGAU